AUGCCUUCUAGCAAUGCGACGCCUGGCCGAGUGUGGAAGAGAAAACGCCGUCAGUCAAAGGCGAAGGAGGAAAACCAAGGCGCAAAGAUGAAGGGAGACCAAUCAAAUGAGCCGCCUAAAGCUGCGGAUUCGUUUGAUGCAUCAAAGCUAGGUGCUGAAGGGAACCACGCUGCACUUACCGUUGAAAGGGUUGUACGUCGGUAUCCAAAAUUGGAACGACGAUUCUACGAACCCCUCGUUCUGGUACAUGUUAUAGAUCCAGUUCGAGGUGUUCGGUUUAACAAUACAAAUGACACCACUGAUGACACGUUGGAUAAACUACGAAGAUCUUUCAUCAAUGGAAUCGCAACAAUAUGCGACUUUCGCAAAGGAGGUGACACUGUCACAGCUGCGGCAUUGCAAGCCACCCCCGAGCACACAGUUAUCUGGCUCUCCGCCAACAAAACCCCAAGCGCUAAAACUGUAAAUUAUUUAGAAGGAAUUCUUGCAAUUCUUACAGAGGUCACGGUAGAGAAAAGGUCAUCCACAAGUGAAGAAAUUAUACGCAGGAUCAUUGAGUUUUGCGAACCAAGGCUGAGCUAUUAUUGCAAUGAGCUGGUGAAAGAGCUCCCGGAAUGUCUGAACAAGAUAAAGUCUCUCAAAGAGGGAGUGCAGUUGACCGACAGUGAUCCCGAAUUGCCCAAGGCAAUUCAGUGGUUGCAAGAAAUGCAGAAACUCACACUACAACGAGAGAAGCCCAUCAAAGACAUCAUGAACUUCUGUAUCAGAGGGCGAUGUUUUUCUCCAACUCUUGCUAGCCUGGUGAGAAAAGAAACCGAUACGCAUAAACCAAUAACGCGAGCAAUGCACUACAUCGGACGUUUGGUUGUUUAUUUGAAAUGUGCUAGAACCUUAGUGGACGGCGCCCUAGACUUGCCUCAGUUGCUGGACGGUUAUCAGCUUCGUAUAUGCGAGUCGCCUAACUGCGUUCAAUCUCCACUUAACCCUGAGCAGUCAACACUUGACGGAAUUGUUGGUCGUAUGUUUCAGGGAUCUAUCGCCGACCAAACCCGUUUGGAUCUUGAAAGGUUGGAUAUCUUCCGUGACAUACCAGAAAAAUUGAAGGAUGCAUGUAUGUUUAGGGCUCGAGUCCACGCGGAGCUUCUAUUGGUUGACAAAUUUCGAUCGAACAAAUGGGACUUCUUUGCAGGUGAUCGAUAUGUUGGUUGCAGCAAACCAGCGUGCUUCUGUUGCUACCAUUACAUCAACUCUCUCCCGGAGAGAUAUUUUGUAGCACAGUGCCAUAAUAAGGUCUACACGCAUUGGCGAGCUCCAGACCUUACUGAUAUCCAUGAUUUCAGUGCAGCAAAAGUGAGGGAAAACGCGUUGAAUGUUGUGAUCGCGAAACUUCGUACGGAGGUUCAUCGCUGUAUAGAUGACAGGCCGGUGAGGAUUCGGCCGCAUUUCGAUUCCAUUACCGGUUCUAUGUCGGUGCCUCAAUCGAAUGAGGCAUUGUAA